CUCCCUCCCAGCUUCCUCCUGUUUCCACCAUAUUUACUAGCGAUCCCUCGCUUACUUUCUAUGCACAUACGCUUCGCCUCUUCUCUCUCUCCUUCGUUGCCUUCCUCUCUGCCACCCUAAUAAAGAAAACUCCUUCUUCAUCAGCCAUGGACGUCCGAGACAGGCCAUCAUAGAUUUGCUGUGAAAGAUUGGAUUACUGUCAUGUAGAUUUACUAUUGUUGGUUUGAUAGCAAUUGGUAAUCUGCUCUGAAGGUGUUAUCAACUUGCCGAUUUGAGGCUUUGGUCUCAGUAGUUAAGUUGGUUACACCUUUACAAGAUGCCGUAUUAUGUGCAGAGACUUUAUAGGCUUUGCAAAGCAUCUUUCUCACCAGAUGGACCAGUGUCAGAUGAAGCCAUUGAAAAAGUUCAUGAGAAGUUAGAAAAAAUCAAGCCAUCUGAUGUAGGUCUUGAACAGGAGGCACAAGUAGUUCGUAAUUGGUCUAGUUCAAUGCUUGAACGGAAUGGGACUCAUCAAUCAUUGCCACCAAUCAAGUACUUACAUUUGUAUGAGGAUGAUAGCUUCUCUAUAGGAAUCUUUUGCAUGCCACCUUCAUCUAUAAUUCCUCUCCACAACCAUCCUGGAAUGACAGUGUUGAGCAAGCUUUUAUAUGGUUCAUUACAUGUCAAAUCAUAUGAUUGGAUUGAUUUAUCUGGAUCUACUGAUCCAGCUGAAGCUAGACCUGCAAAGCUUGUAAAGAAUAAGGAGAUGACAGCCCCAACCCCUGCAACAGUUCUUUAUCCUACCAGUGGAGGAAACAUUCAUUGUUUUAGAGCCAUAACGCCUUGUGCAAUCCUUGAUAUAUUGUCUCCACCUUACUCUUCUGAACAUGGAAGACACUGCACUUACUUCCGGAGAUCCCUCCGGAAAGAUCUCCCAGGUCAGCUUCAAGUGAAUGGCGUUGAAUUUUCUGACGUGACUUGGUUGGAAGAGUUUCAACCUCCUGAUGACUUUGUGAUAAGAAGAGGGCUGUACAGAGGUCCUGUCAUUAGAACUUGAAAUUUAUUCUUGUUCUCUGUAUCUUACACUACCAGAAAUUGGCCUUUUUUUUAUAAUUUAUUUAUUAGGAAGAUACGUUAAAGGGAUUUUGUACUGGAACGAGUUGUUCAAGCCAUUGCAAUAAUUGUUAUGAUAUAUAUAUAUAUAUAUAUAUUGGCUAUUCCAGCUA